CUCAAAAUCACAAUGCGUGAGGAAAAUGACGCGUUCCGGUGGCCGACCCUUUUGUUUUUUCCUCUCUUGUUCCAAAGCUCGGCGCGUUUGCAACAGCGGCAACUUUUCCACAUUAGUGUACAAUUUUAUUCAAUUUCUGCCACUUUUAUUUCUAUUUAAAACAAAAAACAUUUCUGUCGCAGCGGAGAGUACAAACAAACAAACAAAAAACGCGAGAGCGCGAAAACGGAACGGUACUUUUUUAUUUUAUUUUUUUCAUUCCAAAAAAAUCCCCCCCCACGCGGAGCUGGCAGGCCCAAAAAAAUAAAAAAAAAUUGAUGAACCAACCGAACACAUCGCACGAAAACCCAGAGAGCCAAGACGCAUACAAACGACCAGGCCAUCAGAACCCCACUUCAGCCGAUAAAAAUAAAAACACCACAUUUGCUUCUAAUAAACCCUUCAGCACCAAAUACCACCUAUUUUCGAAUCGAACCUCCGUUAACAUUGCCACAGCGUUUGCGCGAGCCAACCUCACGUCGGAUACGAUAAAUAGUCGACCAGCACAUUUGCGGGAAACGCCCCUUUCACCUUCGCAAAUUCCCAUAAUGACAUCGCAAAGAAUCAGAGAGGACGGAUUUAUCCUCAAUGACCCGAGGAAGAACAGACUGGCGGGACAGGGGCAUGUUACCGGGUCGUAUGGCAGUGGCGUGAACCAGGACGGGGAUUAUAUGAACCGGGCGGGGGAGUUGUUUGACGAAGACCCGUGGUCGAAAAAAGAUGAGCGGCAGGAGCAAAAAUACCGCCCUACUUGGAUGCAAAGGAUACAGGAUGACCCCUCGAAUUUAUUCUUGCCCGGUGACGCAAAGGACCCGCCCUCCAUAGCCCUGGGCCGAGCGAGCCAGGCGGGCCACGGCGCACCAUCACAGUACGAGCGCCAGGAAGACAGACAUGUCGAUCCAAUGUUGCGGUUUGACCGCGAGACAGAUAACAGAGCGCACGAUCUCGUGCAAGCGCGGAUGGCACGAGACAACAAUGGCCGCGGAGCCGCCUCGUCUACGUAUGUUUACGACGGCAUUACAGGCAGUACAGCAGCAAACAGGCGUGUCGGCAGUGUUGCUGGCUCCGUCCACGAUGGGCCAGAGGACCAGCACAGACGGACGGGGUUGCACAACAACAUGGACAGGGCUUUUGGUAACACAGGCGGCGGCUCGAUCUACGGCGACAUGGUCAAUGGCAGCGGGCGGACUCAAGUGCCGAAAACUUCAAACUACGGCAACAUUAGUAGCAGGCUUGCAGAGCAUUCGGACGCGCGCGGACCGCCGUUUGCCAAGAGCUACAGUAUGGGUCAGCCACAAGCCAAUACCUCGGGCGACAUGUACAACGACAUCACACACACACUCCAUAGCAAGCGUCCUGUCACAGCCAUUGGGCCCGGCAAUAACAUGAACACGGGGUUCGAAGAUAGUUACAACAACCAACACGACAGCAACCACUACAGCAACCAACUCGGAACAAGGCUGCACUUUGCCCCGCCGCCGCGCCCUGUGUCGCUAAUGGGGCGGAACGCAACGCCGGGGAACCGCGACUAUGGGGGCGGCCUGGUUAGGAAUGUUGUGCAGACACCGUACACCGUGCGCAUCAAAGGGCCGGGCGCUUUCCCAGCAACAGCGCAGCGGUUCUCGCAGCGCAAGGCUUCGGACAGCCGCAACGCCGACGACAACGUGCUAUCACCCACGGUUGCACGGCCAGGCGUGCAGGCAGGCGAUAUGCUGGCGUCGCACAGGUACCUCAAUCACGGCGCUACGCACAGCGGGUGGGGUAUGUAUGGCGCUUCAGUGCGCGGAGACAACGAUGGGGGGGCUACAGAGAGGUCAUUCAACGGCAGCAUGAUUAGCAACUCGACAGACGCGGCGACAGUGAUUGGCGACAACCCAACGCUGCUUCGGCGGCUGUUACGCAACAUUGCGGCCAGCUGGACGGGCACGCUAGCCGAGCGGCUGUCGUUUGUUUUAUUAAUGCUGUAUUUCCUUGUCAAGGAGUCAGUCGCCAUCUCCUUGCGCUUUGUGCUGCACUUGAUUGUCUCGUCAGUGCGCGGCUCGGCGCGCUCGUUGGCUGCGCUUAUUGUUGUUUCGCUAGCCGCAGCGCUUGCCACGCAGUACACGCGGCCGUUCACUACAGGCCUGGGCUCUGUCUUAGGCCCAGCGUUUGGCUUGAUUUUUGGCAGCAGCAGCAGCUCUAGGACGUCUGCCACAAAACCGAUCGCGCCCAUGUCGUCCGAGGAUAUUGCGCGGCUGGGCGGUGCCGGGUCUGCCGUGGUCGACCGGUUGCAGCAGGUCGAGAAGACACUGCAGCAGCUGUACAUCCUCGUUGACGAGCUCAAAGCGCACCAGGCUGAGGACACUGCCGACGCGCGCGACGCGCUUGAGCGCCUGCAAGCCGAGCGCCGCACGCUUCUCGAGAGCAUCCGCGGCGACAAGCAGCGCGUCGACGCUCUGGAGCGCGACCACGCGUCCAUCAAGCGCGACGUGGCACGGGCCAGCGCGGUUGCAGCCAGUACGCACGACGUGCAGGCGCUCCGCCGCCAGGUCGACAAGCUGGCCAGCGCAGCCAAGGCAGCAAAGUCAGAGAGCGGUGGUCUUUUUGGAUCGCGCGGGUUGUCUGCCUCCGCUGUGCGCAAGGUUGUCGACGAGGCUAUUCGCGCGCACGAGGCUGAAAUGCGCGCAAUGAUGGCGCCUUCAUGGCUGGAAUCCGACGGCGACGCGGCCUACGCCAACGUCGCGCGCAUGAUUGACUCUGCGCUGUCGCGCUUCGCCAGCGAUCGGCUGGCGAAGACUGACUUUGCGCUGAUGUCUGCCGGCGCGCGCAUCAUACCUGGCCUGACGUCGCCAACUUUUGAGCCGCGCGUGCGUGGGCUUGUCCGGAACCUGUUCCGGGUAUUCGGAUCCACCUCGUCCCUGCCGCCAGCAACCGUGUUGGACCCAUCUACGCACAUCGGCGAGUGCUGGCCGAUGCGCGGCAGCUCCGGCCAGGUUGCUGUGCACUUGGCUGCGCCUAUCGACAUCACCGAAUUUGCGCUCGAGCAUGUGCCCAAGGCCAUGGCCAUUGAUUGGCGCUCGGCCCCGCGCAGCGUUGAGGUGUGGGGAUACGUUUUGCAGACAAACGCUAGUGGGUCGUCCUCUGCGUCUGCGUCUGCGUCUGCGUUUGAAUCUGCGUCUACCCCGGCUUUUGCCGACUCUGCGUCUUUUGACCAGCGCUUAGACAAUAGAGAGCCGGCUCCAGUGACAUCUGCAGAGCCUGCCUCACAUGCCAUUGUGAACCCGCCUUUUGCCGCUUCUGGCUUGGCCUCGGGCGCUGCUCUCGGGAAGCUGACGCUGCUGGCCACAUACGAGUACACGCCCUCCGACGCCGAGCCCGUGCAGAUUAUCCCCACGUUGCCACAAGCCGAGGGCCGCCAUUCAGACGGCACAAUACGCGCCCGCACAGUUAUUCUCAAGAUCAAUUCGAACUGGGGUCAUCCUGAUCACACCUGCAUCUACCGGUUCCGCGUUCACGGCUUCCAGCCCUUUUUGUAGUUGAGUAUGGCGUUGUGCUUGCUUUUUCAUUCAUUUCAAUUUAUUAUCCUUGAAAACAUCA